CCCUCUUGAAUAUGUUUCGCACAAUUUUUAUACGAAGCAAUCUAAUCUUCCGCAACAUUAUGCAUCAAUUUCCGAAGCCCGUAAUGCAGGAGCAAUUAGCGGAUUCGAUUGGAUAACUAGAUUUAAAAUUAAACGGUUAAUUGAUGAUUUCGGCGGUAUACUCGAGAUUUCGCUGUUACCUUCACUUUUUUUUGAAACAUACAAUCUCGCGUUUCCUGUGAAUAUUACCGAAAAUGAAUUGGGAAGCAUUAUGAAAUCCACGUAUCCUGAAACAUUCGAAAUAUUGGAGUUCGAGAAUAACCAAUAUAUUUCAUCGAUUCCUUUCUCCACGCUCAACAAUACCACCUCUCUUCAUAAUGUAAAAUUUAAUAGUUUAAAUCUUGAUCCUUUGUUUUACGAUUAUAAUUUCUCAAAUUAUUCGGCAACUAAUUUUGAAAUGACCGAGGAAUUACAAAAGUUGCACGAACGGCUUAUACUUUCGAUGAAUAACACUGUAAUGAAUAGCAAAAAGUCCACAAAUCGUCAACCGUUUGCCAACAAACUCACACAGAAAUACAAUUCUCUCAACAAAGAGAAUAGUAUUCCGACGUUUUCUUACCGAAAGCCUAUAGAAUUCUUGCACAAAGAAAACGUCUUUAAUGAUCAAAAUAAAAGAAAAGUUGAAGAUGUAAAGAAAGAGACUAGUCUAGGAAAGCUCCUUCAUAGGUGA